CCACGGUCUAUCCACCCCCCUGCUGCUGGGCUUGUGAUUGCCGCUCGCUCCAGCUGAGCUAAGAGUAGCAGCGGCAUCAGGGCAGGGACUGACUCCAGCCCUUGGACUUAAGACAUCGCACCACCUCACGUGGCGUGCGUGACUCAUUCGCACAUCAUUUCUGUUUAUGCCUGGGGUGGGGAGAACUAUCCCAAACCAGCUGUGUAAAUGAGUAUGGAAGAUUAUGAUUUCCUGUUUAAAAUUGUUUUAAUUGGCAAUGCUGGUGUGGGGAAGACGUGCCUAGUCCGACGAUUCACUCAGGGUCUUUUCCCCCCAGGUCAAGGAGCCACAAUUGGAGUUGAUUUUAUGAUUAAGACGGUGGAGAUUAAUGGUGAAAAAGUAAAGCUUCAGAUCUGGGACACAGCCGGUCAAGAGAGAUUUCGGUCCAUUACGCAGAGUUAUUACCGAAGCGCCAAUGCCUUGAUCCUCACCUAUGACAUCACCUGUGAAGAAUCCUUCCGCUGCCUUCCUGAGUGGCUGCGGGAAAUAGAACAAUAUGCCAGCAACAAGGUCAUCACUGUGCUAGUCGGCAACAAGAUUGAUUUGGCUGAAAGGAGAGAGGUCUCCCAGCAGAGAGCUGAAGAAUUCUCAGAAGCUCAGGACAUGUAUUAUCUGGAGACCUCUGCCAAGGAAUCUGAUAACGUGGAGAAGCUCUUCCUUGACUUGGCGUGCCGCCUCAUCAGCGAAGCCAGGCAGAACACGCUUGUGAACAGUGUGUCGUCGCCCUUACCUGGAGAGGGGAAAACCAUCAGUUAUUUGACUUGUUGUAACUUCAACUAAAGGCCGAGGCAAGAAGCAGGAGGAAUCAGCAGCUGCCCCGAUGGGCCACAAAUUGCUGGGGAGAUCUGGCGAUGGUGGUGGCGCCCGUCCUCAGACCUUCUGACUCCUGAGUCUACAAAGCAUGGCAGGCCACGGGCCUGGUCUCCAGGCCGGGAUUAGCAGAACACGUAACGGUUUCAUCCUUUUGCAGUCUGGAGUCAGAGCAAGGAGAAAGUUGCACUAGGCACUCCAUGACCUGCAGAGCAUGUUGCUUUUGUCUUUAAAAAAAAAAAAAAAAGCAAGCAAAAGCGCAUUCCUGAACACAGUCAGUCCAGGGGAAUCCCUCCUGUGCACCAGUGGGUGCAGGUGGGAGCUGCUCUUUAGGGCUUCUAGGGGCCUUGGUUUUCUUGUCCACCAGAUAAACCAAAACUGGGAAGGCCAAGUACUGUCUCUGUGGUGCGUGUCGAUGACCCCAUGGAGAUUUUGAAGUGUUAUGUCUCUUGUCCACAGGCACUUUCAAGAACUUUGGGAUGUAAAAAUGAAAUGAAACCUUUAUCCAUGACCAACAGUUAACAAUUAUUGUUUUAAUGAUAUAUACAAGCUCAUGACUCCUUUUGGUGCUAAUGAUUCCGCUAUUUCACAGACCAAACGUUUUAGUACAUUGAUGUCCUUAAAUGUAUUUCAUAGAAAUAAAAAAAAAUAAGGGAAGUCCAUAAAUCAGCACUCUUUCUCAAAGUCUCCUUAUAUCUUUUCUAGGGUGGAUUUGUUGGAAAAGAAUACUUUCCCUUCAUGUUCCCCUCUAAAUCUUACUGUUUUCUCAUCUUUCCCACCCUUUAAGCAUAUGAAAAAAAGAAAAAGAAAAAUAAGAACGGUUGAUAAUAUUCUAAUAUAAACAAUUAGCUCUAAUACACUAUUAGUAAGUUUGAGAAAACAGACCAGAUCUGACCAAAAUACUGUGGAUUAAUGGACUGCAGUGCAGAGCUCCAAGCAGAGCACAGCUCUUGAGCAGGUCACAUCUUUUACUUUCUGAUACUAUCUAUCUUGGACAGACCAAGGUUUAGGGCUUUGUAGGUUUUCAGUAUGAUAAGUGAAAAGAGCAACAGAUGAAAACUCUCAUGAACCAUUUUUGUAUCUUCAGUGAAAACCUUAGAAAAUUUCUGCUUGUGGAAGCAGGUUCAGUUGUCAUUUGUCACCUUCUUUGUGUGGUAAUGCUACUCUCAGACCAUACAUUCUUUCCUGUUUCCCUUCUCUUUCUUUCCUGGCCUCUCCCUUCUUCUUUCUUCCCUCCCUCUUCCUAACUCCCUUCUUUCCUUAUCUGCAUGUAUUACUGCAAAUCUCCAAUGCAAAUGGAGGUGUAUAUGCCUUUACUUAGCCAAUUUUAAACCAGGACUCAAAAAUGGAAGACAUGCUGCUGAAUAUGUAUUAUUUCUUCAGUGCCAUACUUUGAUACCUUCCAAUUUGUUCACUGAUAUAAAUGCAAAUUGGGAAAAUAAUUAAACCUGUAUGCUGUUGACACUGUCAGAUGUUUAUGUAGCUUGCUGCUUAGCAUAACUAAGGGAUGAGUAAUGGAGUAAGGGUUUAAUAUGCAAUUCCACUGUUUCUAUAGAUGGUGGCAGCCUCGGUCCUGAUAUGUUGAUGUUUGAAAGCUAAUUUUAAAGAAAUGAAUCACAUAGAGACAGUAUUGAUAAAGAAUUUCUAGCAUUUUCAGAGUGACCCCCCUCUUGCACACGGAGACUAUACAUUAUUCUUUAAGGGACUGGUACUUUUGGUUGACCCCACUGUGUUUGUCUUAAUCGUAUGGGUAAGAGAGAUCCCACAAGUCUGAAUUGCUUUUAUUUUAGACUCUGUCUCUACAGGAAAGAAGAAUCAUUUGAAUAAACACCAACUGAAAUAAUUUAUAACUGUCGCCUUUCCCUUCCUGGCUUCUCCACUAAGCCAACAACUGAAAGUAUUCAGAAAACUAGUUGAUUAAGGUGGGCAGAACUUCUCUUUUUAAACUGUGAGGAAAUGUCCCCAGGUUUAGAUUUAUUAUCUUUUAAUUAGGGCAAACAUCCAAUUAUCCUAGGACAUCAUGACCCAACUUUGUCUCAGAGCAGCGAGUUGAAAAUAAGUUGCUUUGUGAACUUAGAGGAUAGGAUCUUGUCAGAUUGGACAAAUUUAUGUAAAAUAACAGCUUCUAGAGUCAUUCUAGCAUUCUGAAAUUCCUAUUCCCUAAGGCUUACCCUCCUCUGUCUACCAUUGGCUGCACUUAGGAGGGGAUUAGAAAGCUCUGCUCUUGGCCCUGUUCUUCCCUGUUGCUCCUUCCAGCCUUUGUGUAAUUUACAGCCACCCACCCAUGGCCCAUCAGCAGGACACAUGGGAAUGUAGGGCUUGCUUGCUGCCCGCCCCCCCCCCCAGUUGUGUGAAUUUCAGAUUAGGCCUUAUGGACACUUGUUCACUGAUGUAGCUCAAGUUUGAGAAUAAUCCCUGACAGUAUUGUAGGUGCUCAAUAAGUAUAGCUGAAUAAAUAACUGAGUGUCAAGAGGAACUUUUUCGGUUAAAUAGAAAUUUCUCAAAAAGAACUUGAGAAAGGACGCUAUAAUUAGAUGUCAUCGUAGCCCACACCAGGACCUAAACUUACUGGUUUGCUUACUAGUUCUUAUUGUCAUGGCAGUAUUUGCUAGGAUGAGUCCUCUUAAAUAAAAAUGACUUCUCAUUUAAUGGUGGAUGAAAAGAGAGUUGCUUUCUCAUAAUUCAGUUUGACUUCAUUUGAAGACUAUCAGACUCCAUGUCUAAUUCCAUUUUUGGUAUGAUCUUUUUCUUCUUUUAAUAAAGUUACUAAAUACAUGGCAAUAAAAUUGUAUCAUAUUCAUGUCAUGAAGUCAGGUUUGGGAAAAUCUGUGAAGUCAUACAGCUUGCUGAUAUUAAUGAUUUAUUUUAUAGCUUUGUGUGGACAGUCUCCUCAAAGGAUUUUGUGCUUUCUCCUUUACCUAUGCAAGGCUCUUUGCUCCUUUAUAUGCUUUUAUUGGAUGUGUUGAAUUGUGUUAACAUUUAAUUCUGACUCUACAGGGCCAGUUACUCUUUGUAUGGAUCACUUAGAUUAGCCUUUUAGCUUUUCCUGGCCUUACUUUUCCCCUUUGAUUGACUUCAUGUUCACAUCUGUUCCUGAGUAAAGUGGCAAGAAAACGAAAAAUGAAAGUCAAA